UGAACGACCAACACCGAGCUGCAGGUCGGCCCCACCCCCGCAUUGUGGGUCUGCCUUGCAUACCCCCACCUCGCCAAACGAAACCUGGCCUCCGACGACUCCGUCCCGCCCCUCGCACUCUUUUUACCCCCUGAGAUUCAUCCGCGGAAAGGAAGAGAUGACAGCCAACUCGGCCUGCCAGCGCCAGCACGAUGCGCGAGUUAAUGGCAUCACCAAGACCGAUACUCCGGCGGCUAUACAUGGUCCAACGCCGCGGGCUCUCCCCGACAUAUGCUUCGAGCUACGAGCCAAGAUUGAUGCAUUCCUCGAGGAACAACCUGAUGACGGUGUCUUGCGCAACGUACAACGCCAAGUUCGAGUGUCUAUGGAUGUGAUCCAGGAGUCGCUACGCCGAUAUGGGGCCGACCACCUCUCGCUUUCGUAUAACGGUGGCAAGGACUGUCUUGUGCUCUUGAUCUUGAUUCUCGCUUGCCUACCCAGUUGCGCGCCGCCCUCCUCACCCUCCCCCGACAACCCCCCUCCCCCGACGAUCGUUUCUCCUCGUCGACCUCUCCAAGCGAUAUACAUAGUUUCUUCCGAUCCGUUUUCGGAAGUCGAGGAUUUCGUGGCGGCAUCGGCAGAGCAGUACCAUCUCGACCUCAAACGUUAUGCGCUCCCCAUGCGACCGGCUCUUGAGGCAUACCUCGAAGACACCCCAAUCAUCAAGGCUAUAUUUUUAGGGACAAGGCGGACUGACCCGCACGGAGAGUUCCUGACACACUUCGACCCCACGGACCAGGGUUGGCCGCAGUUCAUGCGCGUCCAUCCUGUUAUCGAUUGGCACUAUGUCGAAAUCUGGGCGUUCAUCCGGCAUCUCCAGAUUCCGUUCUGCGAAUUGUACAAUCGCGGGUUCACUUCUCUGGGGGGUGUCACCGACACCCGUCCAAACCCAGCGCUAGCGCUUGGCGGAGACACUUCGAAGUUUCACCCAGCAUACGAGCUCAGGGAUGACGACGAGGAGCGCCUUGGCCGAGAUUGAUUAGACUUCUCACAUGACCUUCCCUGGGUUUAUUACAAGCCGCUGAGACUUCACGGGGCUUGAGUGCUGCUGGACGACUUUGAGACGCUUCGUGCCAGGACAGCGCCUGCCUAAAGACUGCGUCGUGGUUAUAUUGUUAGGGUCGAGAAGACCGACUUUACGUUACAACCCUACUCAUAGAGGAUAGAGAGCAUCAUAGACAGCGUCCCGUGGUUGUAUAAGCACUGCUAUCCC